UGCAGAAAUGGCGACUCUUAAAGCGCUAUCUAGAGCGGAGAAUAUGCUCAUCAGGAAGGUGACAGCGACGAUCAAGACGAACAUCCCGCGAUUCUCCGUCGGCAAGACGUGUGGCUGUUACUUCUCCACUUCAAGUCAGAGGUCUGCACAGUUUUAUUCGGACCCUCUAGACGCCGUCAAAGAUAUUCCUAAUGGAGCGACUGUUCUUGUGGGAGGUUUUGGCCUAUGCGGUAUUCCAGAAAACCUCAUCAACAGUCUGCUGAAGACUGGAGUGAAGAGUCUAACUGCAGUCAGCAAUAAUGCAGGAGUGGAUGACUUUGGCCUGGGUCUGCUCCUUCGGACCAAACAGAUCAAGCGUAUGAUCUCUUCAUAUGUGGGGGAGAAUGUGGAGUUUGAGAGGCAGUAUCUCAGUGGAGAGCUGGAAGUGGAGUUGACCCCACAGGGCACACUAGCCGAGCGGAUCCGGGCCGGUGGCGCAGGUGUUCCUGCUUUCUUCACUGCCACAGGCUAUGGCACACUCAUCCAAGAGGGCGGCUCUCCUAUCAAGUACAACAAGGACGGCACUAUUGCCAUAGCCAGUGAACCCAGAGAGGUGCGUGAAUUUAAUGGUCGCCACUACAUCAUGGAAAAAUCCAUAACAGGUGACUUUGCACUGAUCAAAGCCUGGAAAGCGGACAAAGCUGGAAACAUCAUCUUCAGAAAAACAGCCCGAAACUUCAACCAGCCCAUGUGCAAGGCAGCCAAGACCACGAUUGUGGAGGUAGAGGAGAUUGUGGACGUGGGCACGUUUGCAUCAGAAGACAUUCACAUUCCCAGCAUCUACGUCCACAGGAUUGUGAACGGAGAUCACUAUGAGAAGCGAAUCGAGAGGCGUACAGUCAAGAAAGCCCAGGCUGAAAAUCCCAAACCCAAGAAAGACUCUGAUAUUGUGAGAGAGAGGAUUAUUCGUAGAGCUGCACUCGAGUUUGAGGACGGGAUGUACGCAAACCUGGGCAUCGGAAUCCCCAUGCUGGCCAGUAAUUUCAUCAAACCAGAUAUUACCGUCCACCUGCAGAGUGAAAAUGGCAUUCUGGGCCUGGGUCCCUAUCCAACAGAGGACGCGGUUGAUGCGGAUCUCAUCAAUGCCGGUAAAGAAACUGUCACAAUACUUCCUGGAGCUGCUUAUUUUUCCAGCGACGAAUCCUUUGCCAUGAUCAGAGGGGGUCAUAUCAACUUGACCAUGUUAGGAGCCAUGCAAGUAUCCAAGUAUGGAGAUUUGGCCAACUGGAUGAUUCCGGGUAAGAUGGUGAAGGGCAUGGGAGGAGCGAUGGAUCUGGUGGCCAGUGCUGGGACUAAAGUGGUUGUUACAAUGGAGCACUCAGCUAAGGGUGGCAAACACAAGAUUAUGGAGAAGUGCAAUCUGCCUCUGACCGGAAAGCAGUGUGUGGACCGUAUAAUCACAGAAAAGGCCGUGUUUGAUGUGGACAAGGACAAAGGUUUAACCCUGAUUGAGGUUUGGGAGGGUCUAACGCCAGAUGACAUCAAGAAAUGCACAGGAACACCCUUUGAGGUAUCUCCCAACUUGAAACCAAUGCAACAGAUUUAGGAGAUUUAGGUAAAAAUGCUUCAGGUAUAUGUAGUUUGCACAGCUCACGGAAAUCACGCAUUUGUCAAAUCCUCCAAGCAAAUCCUUUUACUGUAGGUCUUCGGUUGAAGAUUCUUUUAAGGAAAUUCACUGAAGCAUGCUCAAGAAUUCAAAUAUUCAUCAAGCCAUCACAGUAUCUUCAUGUGUUCAUAUAAUUUCCAUGAAUGUGCAAUAGAAGAAUAGCAUAGACAUGUGAGUUUAUUUAAAUGCCGAACUCUGUUAGACUAGCAUCAAUAGGUACUGAAUAGCGAAUAUUGUCAUUAUAGUAAUUCAGUUUAAAAAUGAAACAAACAAGUGUUUAAUCCUUCAUCACAAUAAGCCUGGACUUCAUGAUUUAUGUACAGUAGAUUUACCAUCUGCCCAACUAAUUCACUUCACAGGUCUGAGGCCUUACAUGUUCUUUCCACAUUGUGUACAUAUCACUUGUACAAAGCAAUAAAUGUCUAUUCGUGACCUAA